AUGCUGAACAACUCCCCGACCCUGCUGCUGGCUCUGACCGCGGUGGCCGGACUCCUCCAGCGAUGCCAGGGCUGGAGCGACGAGGACCUGCUCCUGCCGCCCAUCAACUCCUCCAACAGGUUCAUGGCCAACCUGGAGGUGGACGUGCGCUUCUCCAAGAGGAGCGUGGAGGAGAGCGACGCCUCGCCCGACGCCGCCGCCGCCGCCGCCUCGUCCCCGCUGCAGAGCCUGUCCCAGUGCAACGUGAGCGUCCAGCGGCUGCUGCCCACCUCGCUGGUGGCCCGCUGGGACAGCAGCUUCGGCUUCCAGUGUGACGUGCUCCUCUACACCACCAACAACCACGGCAGGGCGUUCUUCUCCGCAUCUUUCAACAGGGCCAUCUCGCCCGUCGUCGUCGAGCACCUCGGGGUCAACGGGGGUCAGCAGGAGCUGCGGCUGUGCGUGGGCUGCGGGAUGUCCCGGUACCGGCGGUUCGGUCAGGGCCGGACGCGGGGCCAGCAGAGCGGGGACCAGGUCGCCUUCUGCUGCGUGGAUUUCAGCCUCGACGAGCUGAACGGGGACAAAAGUUGGAGGCUGAACCGAAAACCCAUCGAGUCGACACUUGUGGCUUGUUUCAUGACUCUAGUGAUCAUCGUGUGGAGUGUUGCUGCUCUCAUAUGGCCGGUGCCCAUCAUUGCAGGAUUUCUGCCCAAUGGCAUGGAGCAGAGGAGACCCAGAUAACUGAAAGGACCUUUAUAUUGAUUAUAGCCUGUGCUGCCUAUACUAUAAUUGUAGCCAUUCAGCUCUUCACACUCUUGGAGGGUUCUGGGAACUUUUUUGAUGAGAUGCUUUCUUGUGGGUAUUCUUUACUAAACCUCCUCCUCUUUAGGACAACCAAGGUAAUGUAUGAAGAAUUACACUAGCCAAUAAUAGUAAUCUAUACUGGGACCAAUACCAACGUGUUUUGUAUACCCUUGUAGGCCUUCCUAUAGAUUAUGUCAGCCGUGCAAACUUUUUCUCCUUCAACUGUGUUUGUAUAGUUUUUAAUCUUUUUAGAAAAGUUUUUGCCUUAUGCCAUGUGAAGGACUUUUGCACUGAAAACCAAACUCUAACAUGUGCCGUCACAUACAGUACUAUAUAUAAUAUAUAUUCAACCUAUAGUCAUGUUCAGAGUAAGUGUGAUAGUUUUCAUUUCCAAUACAUUAUGAAACAUCGAUGUUGUUUCUGACUGACAUAGACAGAGGUUCAGGAUUUAUAUUGUUAGAUUUCUAAUGUCAAGUUCAGUUGUGCUUAUUUGUAGGCUAUUCAUGUUUAAAUGAAAAAUAAAAUUGAUUAUAGGCUAUAA